GUUGCGAAAGCGAGGGGGCGAGGUCCUGCGGUCCCGGCGCGCCGCGCGGCUAGACGCUGCGGGCGGGGCGGAGGAUGGAAGCGGUAGCGUCCGCUGCAACGGUUGGGGCUGCGCGUGAGAAGGUGGCGGUGUAAGCAGCCGGGCCGGGUGGAGGCCGGCAGCGGCCGGGCCAUGGCGGGAGACGGUCUCCGUUGGGCUCCCUGAGGUGCGCUCCCUGAAGUCCCGGGGAGCCGUGGUCCAUGGGCUCGCUGAGCAGUCGAGUGCUGCGCCACCCAGGGCGAGCCCGAGCCCACCAGGAGCCGGGUUCUGGGGCGGGGGGCUCGACUCGCAGGCCGGAGACUGGCGGCGAUGCGGCCGGCCACGGCUUCUGUUACUGCCCGGGCAACCGCAAGCGCAAGCGGAGCAGUGGGGCCUUCUGUUACUGUCACCCCGACUCCGAGACAGACGAGGAUGAGGAGGAAGGGGACGAGCAACAGCGGCUCCUCAACACCCCGCGCAGGAAAAAAUUAAAGAGUACCUCCAAAUAUAUUUAUCAAACAUUAUUUUUGAAUGGUGAAAAUAGUGACAUUAAGAUUUGUGCUCUAGGAGAAGAGUGGAACUUACACAAAAUAUAUUUAUGUCAAUCUGGCUACUUUUCUAGUAUGUUCAGUGGUUCUUGGAAAGAAUCCAGCAUGAAUAUUAUUGAACUGGAGAUUCCGGACCAGAAUAUUGAUAUAGAAGCACUGCAGGUUGCAUUUGGGUCACUGUAUCGAGAUGAUGUCUUAAUAAAGCCCAGUCGAGUUAUUGCCAUUUUGGCAGCAGCUUGUAUGUUGCAGUUGGAUGGUUUAAUACAGCAGUGUGGUGAGACAAUGAAGGAAACAAUUAAUGUGAAAACUGUAUGUGGCUAUUACACAUCAGCAGGGACCUAUGGAUUAGAUUCUGUAAAGAAAAAGUGCCUUGAAUGGCUUCUGAACAAUUUGAUGACUCACCAGAAUGUUGAACUUUUUAAGGAACUCAGUAUAAAUGUCAUGAAACAGCUCAUUGGUUCAUCUAACUUAUUUGUGAUGCAAGUGGAGAUGGAUGUAUACACAGCUCUUAAAAAGUGGAUGUUCCUUCAACUUGUGCCUUCGUGGAAUGGAUCUUUAAAACAGCUUUUGACUGAAACAGAUGUCUGGUUUUCUAAGAGGAGAAAAGGUAUACCUGAAAUUUUUAUUGAGAACUUCUACCACUCCCAUUUCUUUGCAUCUCUUUUAAGCAAAAAACUCAUUGAAAAAUUUGCUCAGUACUGCUGGCGGUGGACAGGUUUUAACUUCGGCUUUGACCUGCUUGUAACUUAUACCAACCGAUACAUCAUUUUCAAACGCAAUACACUGAAUCAGCCAUGUAGUGGAUCUGUCAGUUUACAACCUCGAAGGAGCAUAGCAUUUAGAUUACGUUUAGCCUCUUUUGAUAGUAGUGGAAAGCUAAUAUGUAGUAGAACAACUGGCUAUCAGAUACUUACACUUGAAAAGGACCAGGAACAAGUAGUGAUGAACUUGGACAGCAGGCUUCUGAUCUUCCCUUUAUACAUCUGCUGUAACUUCCUGUAUAUAUCACCAGAAAAAAGAACUGAAAACAAUCGUCAUCCAGAAAAUCCAGAAAACUGAGGAUCUCAUCAGCUGGAAACAGUAGCACUUUGCAAACUUUUUCGGCCAGCUUUAAUUUAAUGGCCCUACUGAUAUUCACAUCUAAGGUGACUAACAAUGACAAAGGCCUUAUGAACUGUACAGAUAAUACAGAAGACUAUUCUUAUGCUCAUUACAUUUCUAUGCAUAUGUGAAAAAAACAUUUUAAAGCCAAGAGAAUAUCUGUCAAACCAUUUCUGUAAUAAAGAUGUUGACUCGUGCUUUUAAUUUUUAAGCAUCAGUAGAAAAUCGCUGUAGGUAAUUUCACAUUGCAGCCUAAUAUAGAUUUAAUUUUUUGUUUAAACUCGGAUCCUACCUAAUGUUAGUGAAUGUCAGUUAUCUAUCUGUAAAUUUAUUUUUAUUUGGCUAAAAGAAUGCUUAAGGAACAAUUAGAAUGGCUAAUUAUAAAUGCUCUUUCAGUUGGUGCAUUUAAAUCUGUCCUUUAAUUUUUUCAACUCCUCUUUAUGAUUCCUCCUCAUAUUCUGAUAUCCCUCCAAGUUGUGCUUGUUUUUAAUCAUUAAAUACUUUUUUGUGGUUUUGGAGACUAAGGUGGGGGACUUUUUAUUUAACGUAAGCAUUUUCAUGCUAUUUUAUUUUGCUUUUAAUUUAGCUUUCUUAGUAUUUUUAACAAAAUCAGCUUUAGACUUUCAAACGAACUUGAAUGGGGGAGAAAAUCAGUUUGAACCUGAGGAUAUUUCUUUGCCUUACAGGUCUUUUUCUUUGACAUACUGUACUUUAUUCUUAGGUCGUGGAUUAUUUAUGUACCAAAUAUUACACCUUAAACAUUUUCAUAUUCUCUGAUCUUCAGAAUUAUUUAUGUUCAAAUUUUGGUUGGGAAUCCUAUUUCCUACUUAAGCUCAGGACCUUAUAACCUCUGAAUUGAGUGCCUUUGAGUUACACAUGCUAAUAGAAAUUUCAUAGCAUAUGUAAAUAAGGUUGGAGGAUCUCAUAUAGAAGCUUACAAUAAAGCAUUAAUGUAAAAAUAGAACUUAUUUUUGUCAAAAAGGGGAUGUACACUUGUCAUGAUUUAUAUGUUUGCUUCUUGUGUUUACUGCUAUUUUGCAAAUAGCCAUGCUCAUCUUCCUUCCGGAGUAAAUGCUUUUUGUGGUUAAUAUAUAUUUUUAGUAUGUUUUAAAAAUUGGGAAUCAUUUUUAUGUAUCUGUACAAAUAAUAAAUAUCCAUUUGGAAAAAGAAUAAA